AUGAAGGUCACAGCGCUCCUUCUCUCCCUACUUAGCGCCGCAUCUGCAGCGUCGUCGCGGUCGCUCUUCGGUGGUUCUCAGAAUGCUCUGGUGGACGAGGACAAGUUCUCUGUUCCUGGCAAGAACCCUUUGAACUUCUGCGCCGAUCCCAAGGACUACAUCCUGUCGGUGGACUACGUUGACCUCUCACCCAAUCCACCUGUACCAGGACAGAAGUUGACCAUCACCGGCAACGGCACUUUCUCCAAGGACAUUGACCCAGGCGCCACCGUUUUCCUCCAGGUCAAGUACGGCCUAAUUACGCUCAUCAAGCAAGAAGCCGACCUCUGCGAUAACCUGCCCAAGAUUGAUAUAACGUGCCCAAUAAAGGAGGGUGUCUUUACUCUCAAGAAGGAGGUCGACAUCCCCAAGCAAGUGCCACCUGGGAAGUACACUGUCCUCGCCGACGUCAACACUGUGGACAAGGAGAAGAUCACUUGCAUGGAGAGCACUGUUUUCUUCAGCAGGCCCUCGUAG